ACCAUUCUACGACAUUGAAAAACAGUCAAACGGCGCCGUUUCUUUCCUUCCCUCUAUACUUAAUCAUGUCUUAUUGGCAACACCAUUCAUUUAUCAAUCUUGUAACUGAAAACACUCAAACACAUAAAUAAAGAUAAUGGGGGUGGUGAAAUUAUUGUGCAGAACAACAUAAAUGCACUGUUGGGUUUGGAUUAUCUGUUAGUGCUGUUCAGAGAGCUACCUCAAUUGUAGGGAUAUUUAGAGAGAAAAAAUUAUGGCAGGUGGAGGAGCUAAAGUUGAAGAGCCAGCACCACACCCUCCCAAAGACCAGCUUCCUAAUGUUUCCUACUGUAUCACUAGUCCUCCCCCAUGGCCGGAGGCUAUACUUCUUGGAUUUCAGCAUUUUAUAGUAAUGUUGGCCACGACAGUUAUCAUUCCUACAGCUCUUGUUCCUCAAAUGGGGGGUGGAAAUGAGGAAAAGGCCAAAGUUGUUCAAACCCUACUCCUUGUAGCUGGGAUAAACACAUUGCUGCAGACUAAUUUUGGGACUAGAUUACCGACUGUCAUAGGAGGCUCAUAUACCUUCGUUGCGCCAACAAUAUCAAUUAUCUUGUCUGGUAGAUGGAGUGACCAAGAUCCAGUAGCGAGAUUCGAGAAGAUAAUGCGAGCUGUCCAAGGUGCACUCAUUGUUGCUUCCACGCUUCAAAUAGUCCUUGGUUUUAGUGGUCUUUGGCGUAAUGUUGCGAGAUUUUUGAGUCCUCUUUCUGCUGUUCCCUUGGUUUCCCUGGCUGGUUUUGGACUGUACGAGUUUGGGUUCCCUGGUGUUGCCAAAUGUGUUGAAAUUGGAUUGCCCGAGCUGAUCAUUUUAAUUAUAUUUUCUCAGUAUUUGCCUCAUGUUGUAAAACCAGGAAAGAAUAUAUUUGACCGUUUCGCUGUUCUAUUCUCGGUGGUGAUUGUAUGGAUAUAUGCUCACCUACUUACUGUUGGUAAAGCCUAUGAUGAUUCAGCACCACAGACACAAAUAAGUUGCCGUACUGAUCGUUCUGGACUUAUUGGUGGAGCUCCAUGGAUAAGGGUGCCAUAUCCAUUUCAAUGGGGUGCACCUUCCUUUGAUGCGGGUGAAGCUUUUGCCAUGAUGAUGGCUACAUUUGUUGCUCUUGUGGAGUCCACUGGUGGCUUUAUUGCAGUAGCAAGAUAUGCAAGUGCAACUCCACUACCCCCUUCUAUUCUUAGCCGUGGUGUGGGUUGGCAGGGAAUUGGAAUUUUGUUGUCAGGGUUAUUUGGGACUGGAAAUGGAUCUUCAGUAUCCAUUGAGAAUGCUGGCCUUUUAGCACUAACUCGGGUGGGUAGUCGAAGAGUUGUACAGAUAUCUGCAGGCUUUAUGAUCUUCUUCUCCAUCUUGGGAAAGUUUGGGGCGGUAUUUGCUUCUAUUCCAUCGCCAAUUUUUGCCGCAUUGUAUUGUCUUUUCUUUGCUUACGUUGGUGCAGCAGGUGUCAGUUUCCUUCAAUUCUGUAACCUCAACAGUUUCAGGACAAAAUUCAUACUUGGCUUCUCAAUAUUUUUGGGAUUUUCAAUUCCCCAGUACUUUAAUGAGUAUACCGCAAUAAAAGGCUAUGGCCCUGUGCACACUACUGGAAGAUGGUUCAACGACAUUGUAAAUGUCCCAUUUCAAUCAGAAGCUUUCGUAGCUGGCGUUCUAGCAUAUUUCCUGGACAACACAUUACAUAAAAAGGACAGUUCAAUCAGAAAGGACAGAGGCAAACACUGGUGGGACAAGUUCCGGUCAUACAAAACGGACACAAGAAGUGAGGAAUUCUACUCACUACCCUUUAACCUGAAUAAAUAUUUUCCCUCGGUGUGAUUCACAGAUAGUCGACUUGGAAGGAGCUCUUCUAACUUAUUUUAUGUUUUUUUGCUACCAUAGUAUAAAAUGAUUGUUGUUCUUUCAGUUGAUGUAUCUAAUUAGCGAUAUUAGUAUAAAUGUAUCCGGAUAUUUAUGCUGUGUGAUUAGCAAAUUCGUUUAUGUUC